AUGGACGAAUCAACGGUUUCUUCGAAGCGGAAAUUUCGUGUGCUUUCCUCCAAUGCCAAUCGUCCUGUACGUCCAGAACAUUCCCAGUUUCCCCACAUAACUGGAGUCGUAACGAUUUUCGGGGAUGGAAGUACAAUGCCACCAAUGUUCAUCUUGCCCAAAAAGAAGAAAAUCGAUCCCCAACUCGAGGCAUAUGAUGCUUUCUACACGAUGUCUUCAUCCGGUUGGAUGAAUCGUUUUCUAUUUACAGUGUACUGUAUUUACUUCAUUGCUGAAGUGCAGAAGCGUAGGGCUGAUAUGUUACCGCAAGAUGCAGCUCAGCCAUUCCUUCUCUUGGUUGACGGACAUCCGUCACGUCUGUCAUUUUAUGCAAACGAUUUUCUUCGUCAGUUUAAUAUUGAUUUACUUGUAUUUCCUGUACAUACAAGUCAUAUUCUCCAACCUUUACUUCACUUCUGA